GAAGCACGUGCGAUUGGAUCGUUGUUUUGCGUUAAAAUAAACGAAGCCAAAAUGGAAACGAUGGAGGAAGACGAAAUAAAUUCGGUUACGCGAACCGUACAGGCCCGGUUUGUGUCCGAUGCGGGAGAAGAGGCUGGCCCACCGGUAACAUUGCCGAUCGAAUUGGAGAAGGACCAGCUGGAACAGAUUUGCAAUGCAUUGUUCAAAAAUGAGGAACCCACGCCGUACUUGUUUUUCGUUGAGGAAAAAGAGAUUAAGGAAUCCAUCGAAAAGACUAUCGAUUUGAAGAAGCUAAACAUCGAAGAUGUGCUCGAUAUCGUCUACCAACCGCAAGCUGUGUUCCGGGUACGUCCCGUUACACGCUGCACAAGCACUAUGCCGGGCCACGCAGAGGCCGUCAUCUCGCUUGCCUUCAGCCCGAACAGUAUGCACCUUGCCAGCGGCUCGGGUGACAAAACGCUGCGGCUUUGGGAUUUGAAUACCGAAACUCCACACUACACCUGCACCGGACACCGGCAAUGGGUGAUGUGUGUCGCCUGGUCGCCCGAUUCACUGAAGAUUGCGUCCGCGUGCAAAGCGGGCGAAAUUCGCAUCUGGAGCCCGGACACUGGCAAGCAGCUGGGCCGCCCGCUGGUGGGUCACAAGAAAUGGAUCAGUUCGCUGUCCUGGGAACCGUAUCAUCGGAACGCCGAGUGCCGCUUUCUGGCCAGCGCCGGCAACGAUAAUGAUGCACGCAUCUGGGAUGUGGUUCUAGGACAGUGCGUGAAGGUGAUCGCGGGACAUACCGCUGCAGUGACGGCCGUCCGCUGGGGUGGUGCCGGUCUGCUGUACACCUCGUCGCGGGAUCGAACUAUCAAAAUGUGGCGCGCUGAAGACGGUGUGCUGUGUAAAACCUUCACCGGUCACGCGCACUGGGUGAACAAUCUGGCGCUCAACACCGACUACGUGCUGCGGACUGGCCCGUUUCAUCCGGUGAUGGACAAGAGCCAAAUGUACGGUGGAAUUGACACCGCAGACAAAGCCGCACUCCAACAGAUGGCCCUGGCGCGGUACGAAAAGGUGUGUCCGGAUGGCGUCGAGUCGUUGGUAUCGUGCUCGGAUGAUUUUACGCUGUACCUGUGGAAAGCGGACCAGAAAAAUUUCAUCACACGCAUGACCGGCCACCAGAACGUGGUGAAUGAUGUGAAAUAUUCGCCGGACGUGAAGCUGAUUGCGUCCGCCUCGUUCGACAAGUCAAUACGGUUGUGGAAUGCGUCAGAUGGACGGUUUAUAUGUGCGCUUCGUGGGCACGUUCAGGCCGUGUACACCGUGGCUUGGUCGGCCGACUCGCGACUGGUGCUCAGCGGUAGCAGGGAUUCCACGCUGAAGGUGUGGAGCGUCAAGGAGCGAAAACUGGCACAGGAACUGCCGGGUCAUGGAGAUGAAGUUUACGGUGUCGACUGGGCGCCAGAUGGAUCACGAGUUGCCUCCGGCGGAAAGGAUAAAGUAUUGAAACUCUGGGCAUAUUAAAUUCUCCAAUCGAACACAUUCUUUCCUUUUCAAGCAAGCUGGAAAUAAAACGUUUUAUUGCCACACUUGAAA